AUGUCGAACAACCAGCCCCCUCAGGGAUCUGGCCCACGCGUCACACAUGGCUACACGGCCGCGAGACCUCUGUUUCUCUCUCUGGCGAAGCUCUUCAUGCUGGGCUUCUUGCCACUCCUACGCGCUGCUCCUCAGCGAAGGGGCCCUUUUACCGUGUUUGCAGAAGAUGAGGAACCUCCUAUGUCACCAGACAAGCCUACUCUAUGGAUCUAUCUCGCUGUUGCUAUUGCUUUAGUGCUUCUCGGCGGAGCCUUUGCAGGUCUCACCAUUGCAUUGAUGGGUCAGGAUGAAAUAUACCUACAGGUCAUCAAGACGUCUGGCGAAGGGUCUGAAAGGAACCAUGCUGCCAAGGUACUACGGUUGCUGGAGAGAGGGAAACAUUGGGUUCUGGUGACACUUCUGCUGGGCAAUGUCAUCACAAACGAGACUCUGCCUAUUGUGCUGGAUCGCUCCCUUGGUGGUGGAUGGCCUGCUGUGUUGGGCAGUACGGUCCUUAUUGUCAUCUUCGGCGAGGUCAUCCCUCAAUCGAUCUGCGUCCGCUACGGUCUCCCGAUAGGAGCAUGGAUGUCACCUCUAGUGCUCAUACUGAUGUACAUUCUAUCGCCCGUUGCAUGGCCUACAGCGAAGCUCCUUGACAGACUCUUGGGAGAGGAUCACGGUACGACGUAUAAAAAGGCUGGACUAAAGACACUCGUGACUCUGCAUAAGAGUCUUGGCGCGGACGGCGAGCAACUCAACUCGGACGAGGUCACCAUCAUCAGCGCGGUUCUGGAUCUCAAGGCGAAGUCCGUCGGCAGUAUCAUGACCCCGAUGGAGGACACGUUCACGCUGUCUGCAGAUACCGUUCUCAACGAGAAGACCAUGGAAUUCAUCCUUGGUGCUGGUUUCUCUAGAAUCCCCAUCCACGCACCGGACAAUCAAAAGAACUUCGUCGGAAUGCUCCUGGUUAAGAUACUCAUCACUUAUGAUCCUGAAGAUGCGAAACUCGUGAGGGACUUUGCUUUGGCUACGCUGCCGGAAACAAGGGCCGAGACGAGCUGCUUGGACAUUGUCAAUUUCUUUCAAGAGGGAAAAUCGCACAUGGUUCUUGUCUCGGAAUUUCCCGGAGAGGACCAUGGCGCCUUAGGUGUUGUGACACUAGAAGAUGUCAUUGAGGAGCUUAUUGGCGAAGAAAUUAUCGAUGAGUCUGACGUUUAUAUUGACGUGCAAAAAGGCCUCCGUCGUAUGAACCCAGCACCCAAAUCGAGAGUGCCUAAGGGCCAAGUCAUCACUGAUGUGGAGGACAACUUGGCCGACCGUGAGGAGGCCCUGAUCGACCUCGGUGAGGACAAGAAAGACCCGCACCAAGCCAUGCGUCGCCAUGCAACAAGCUCCGAUACUCACGCUCACGAAGCCAAUGGGCGUCCCGAGGAUCUACGACGUCACUCAAGUACAGCCUAUACAUCUGAUCGAGAAGGUGGCCAGAAGAAACCAAAGCCUCAAAUACGCGACCACUUGAAGCAUUUGGGCCCCUCCAAUCUUGCCAGCCGGCCUAGACAGACUCGAUACAACACGGUAAAGAUCAAGCCAGGAUCUGGCACGCUCGGCGACGCCAUGUCCAAAGCCUCAGACAAUUCCGAUACCACCCCUCGUAAUUCCAUAGCCGCUCAGGGAGCGGUUGGCGCCGGCCUACUCAGCUCUGCUGGUAAAGAUGCGAAGGACGGCGUUCUCGCUGUAGCUGCCGGCUACGGCAGCAUCCCCCUUGGAGCAUCCCCACCAAGUCCCAACAAGUCCCGCAGAGGCUUAGCUGCCCUUGCUGAAAACGGCGAUCGUGAGCGUGAAGAAGAUAGCCCGGGCGAAAACAGAACAGGAUCGAAGCACAGAUCCCGAGUCAAUUCGGAAAGCACACUCGGGUCAAUGCAUUCGGGGACGAAGUCACCGCCGAAAACAAAGAGAGGCGCUGCACGCUCGGGUAGUAUCACCGAACAAAUUGUUGACGCAGGGGGGAUUAAAAAGACGGUGCUGGAGAUGACGAGUAGUUCUGAUAGCGGAGAGGGGGGCGCUCAGGUCCAAGGAGACGAGCCGUCGGAUGUACCUGAUGGCAGGAAAGAGAAUACCCCGGCUGCCGAGUCAAAGAAAAAGAAACGGCGGAGGAAGACGAGGAAGGGUGGAAGCGUGGAUAAUGAGGAUACGCCGUUGUUGGGCAAUGGGCACUGA